AUGCCCACUGGUCCCACCACCUGGUCCCACCACCUGGUCCCACCACCUGGUCCACCACCUGGUCCCACCACCUGGUCCACCACCUGGUCCACCACCUGGUCCCACCACCUGGUCCACCACCUGGUCCCACCACCUGGUCCACCACCUGGUCCACCACCUGGUCCCACCACCUGGUGCCACCACCUGGUCCCCCACCUGGUCCACCACCUGGUCCACCACCUGGUCCCCCACCUGGUCCCACCACCUGGUCCACCACCUGGUCCCCUCAACUGGUACCACCUCCUGGUCCACCACCUGGUCCACCACCUGGUCCACCACCUGGUCCACCACCUGGUCCCACCACCUGGUCCACCACCUGGUCCACCACCUGGUCCCACCACCUGGUGCCACCACCUGGUCCCCCACCUGGUCCCACCACCUGGUCCACCACCUGGUCCCCUCAACUGGUACCACCUCCUGGUCCACCACCUGGUCCCCCACCUGGUCCCACCACCUGGUCCACCACCUGGUCCCCUCAACUGGUACCACCUCCUUGUCCACUACCUUGUGCCCACUAGUCCAACCACCUAGUCCCCAACCUGGUACCCCUACCUGGUGCCCCCACCUAGUCCCCCACCUGGUACCCCUACCUGGUGCCCCCCCCUGGGGCCCCUGCCGGGCCCCUUAACUGGUGCCACCACCUGAUUUAACCUGAGCAUAUCAGCCAUGUUUGAUGUUUAAACGAUAGAAACGUGUUUAAAUAAUGGAUUCGGGUUAAUUAGAUACAUAUUUAUCGCUUAAAUACAUGCUUAUCGAAUAAUCAA